CAAGACCUGUUGGCCAUACAAUUGGCCAUGCUGGCUGGGGCCAGGGAGUGUUGUAGUUCAACAGAUACCAAGGGGAUCUAGAAAUUCCCCAUUGGAGCUUCCAAGUGGAGCCCAUUGCUGCACAGUGCAGCUGAUGCCCUGCUUUCAGCAGGAAUCUAUGCUACCACAGCUUGACUUCAAGCCAGGACUGCAAAGGCAGAAUUUGGAGUGCGGCUGGAGUCUGCAUCUGAUGCUUUCUUUGAAGUUGACUCACCUGAUGUCAAGGCUUCAGGGGACCCUAUCCCUCUCACGUCCAAUCCCCACAUUCCUAUGUUCGAGAGAUGUCCACUUCACACCUCUUGAGCAAUAGUUCUUUUCUACGGACUCUGGAUCAAACCUGAAGGAGGCUGCUUAUCUCUCAACAGGCUGCUGGGUCCUGGUACCCUUCUUCUGGAGCAGAAGUGACUUGUUGAAGCUGGAAUCACGCAGAGCCUGCAUGUGUUUAGGUCAGACGGAUAAGGUGGAUGGAGGAGCAGGGAGGCGGUUCUCCAAGAACUUACAGUCAGGUGGAAUCUGGAGGACUUCAGUCUUUCAAAACUCUCAAGCUGUUCUUGACAAUUGCAUAAAUCAAUCAGAGGAGCCAGAAAUACAGAUUUAGGUAGUUGUAGCUUGCCGCCUCUCCCUUGGCUCCUUUGGGAGGGAGAGUGGGUGAGAAAACCAAACAAAACAAGCAGAUAAAAUAACUGCAGCUGCCUUCCUGGCACGGAUAGAGCUUUCAGACCAGUUCUGUGGAAUUUCACUUUUUGAGCCCUUCUCUCUAUAUAAAGGGGAACAGCGGCAGAGAAACAGUUUUCCUCUCUCCUACACCUCAAGCCAAGUUAGAAUUGGUGAAAAGUGGAAGCUAUGGCGAUGCUGAGGAUCCUCACCCUUCUGGCUGGUUUGAUGCUCCUGAGCAGUCACGCCAGCGCAAGGUACUAUGGGAAACAAUUCGUCACGGCCUUCAUGGAAAAUUUUGAGACGAGUCGAGCCUCCGAAACAAACUUUCAGCUGCUCCUGACUGGCCAUCACAACCUGACUGAAGUAACUGUGUCAGUGAGUCGAUCGGCCUUCCGGAAAAGUUAUUCAGUUGGGGAAGGUGAAAUGGUGCCUGUUCAGAUCCCAGAGACUGCAGAGAUGAAAGGCAGCACCAGAUUCGACCAGUCUGUUCAGAUUCAGGCCGACAAGGACAUUUCUGCUGUUUUACUGUACCGGAAGUUGUAUUCCGUGGCAACCACAGCUCUGUAUCCAUCCCAUGAACUUGGCACAACCUAUUACAUUGUAACACCAUCAAGUACCAAACCACCCAUCUACUUAAAAGAAUUCGCAGUCAUAGCAUCGCAGUAUCCUGCCACAGUUCAGAUUCUCCUAAAAGGGAAUGUGUUCUUCGGUGGGACAUCGUACGACGCAGGGACAAGAAUCACAGUUCAUCUCCGGGCAUUCCAGGUUGCCCAGCUGCAAAGCUCUGAUGAUUUGUCGGGCACCAGGAUCGAGUCAUCGGUACCCGUGGCUGUCUUGAGUGGGCAUGUCUGUGUGGUGCAAAAUUCUCAGUGUGACCACGUUGUCGAGCAGCUGCUGCCGGUCUCCAGCUGGGGCAGCACCUUUGUCGUCCCUCCGGUGUUUUUCCAGACCAAUCCUGACAUUGCGUAUGUGGUGGCUUCCCAGGACACUCGUGUUGAUUAUCAACUGGGAGCACAGAAAGGCUUUCAAGACAUGGUGGCUGGAGAAGUUAGGCAGUUUGAGAUCCAGUUCCCUAAUGCCUUUUACAUCUCUGCUAAUGCUGGGAUCCAGGUCCUCUUCUUCUUCACUGGCCUCAAGUCGGGAAACACAGGCUACGACCCGUUCCUCAUCAACAUCCCAGCCGUAACAUCUUAUGGCCUAUCCUACCACGUUGACGGGAUAAAGAAUUUUGAGAACUAUGUCGUUAUCAUAGCAAAAAGCUCUGAAACCCAGAGGAUUACCCGAGAUGAGACCGCUAUCACAGGCGUUCAAUGGAGAAUGAUUCCCGGAUCACCUUAUUCAUGGGCUGUAUACAACUUGGGGCCCAGGCAUCAGUCCAUCUCUUUAGCACAUCCUGAAACUCCUUUUGGCGUCUUGGUCUUUGGUAGCCGAAACUAUGAAGGCUAUGGCUUUGCUCCACCACCUUUUGUCUUAUCAGAUUCUGAACUGGCCUCAAUAUCCUGCCCUGAGAACAGCCACUACGAGUCCUGCGGAAAUGCCUGCCCAGCCACCUGUUCUGACCGAACUGCUCCUGAAACGUGUGAUGAUACCUGUGUGCCGAUCUGUCAGUGUGACGAGGGCUACAUCCUCAGUGAUGAAACAUGCAUCCCAGUGGAGAAUUGCAACUGUACCUAUAACGGCAGGAUCUAUGGUCCGGGGGAAGAGUUCUGGGCUGAUGAAAGCUGCCGUAGUCGCUGCAAAUGUGACCCCAGAUUAGGGAGGGCCGUGUGCCUGCAGGAUUCCUGUAAGGCCAGAGAGAAAUGUGCCCUAGUUAAUGGGAACUGGGGCUGUCAUCCCAUCAGAUAUUCCACCUGCAUAGGAACUGGAGACCCUCACUACACCACCUUUGAUGGAAAGAGAUUUGACUUCAUGGGAACCUGCAUUUAUCAAAUGGCUGGAGUCUGCUCCAAGGAUCCCACUCUCACCCCAUUUUUGGUCACGGUGGAGAACAACAACCGAGGCAGCAAGGCGGUGUCCUUCACCAAAGUGGUGACACUAGAGGUCUACAACAUGACCAUCAGCCUGAGUCAAGAGCAUCCACACAAGAUUAAGGUGAAUGGAGUCUUUGUGGACCUGCCCUUCUCCUAUGAAAAUAAACUGAAGGUCUACAUCAGCGGAGUCCAUGGCUUCAUCAAAACAGACUUUGAUCUGAGAGUCAGCUUUGACUGGUACAGUUAUGCCAGGGUCAUUAUUCCCGGCACUUAUGCCAAUGCUGUGUGUGGUCUGUGUGGCAAUGCCAAUCAGGACCCCAGCGAUGAUUUUGCUAUGAAGGAUGGAGCUCAGACGACAGAUGAAAUCCAAUUUGCAGACAGCUGGAAGUUGAAGGAGGUCCCAGGAUGCUCUGCAGGAUGCAGUGACUGCCCAGCAUGCAGUGAGGCAGAGAAACAGACCUACAAGGGGGACCAGUUCUGUGGGAUCCUCAAGAGAAGGGACGGGCCGUUCAGGCAGUGCCAUGAGACCAUUGACCCCACACCCUAUUUUGAUGAUUGUGUAUUUGACACCUGUAAAUACAAGGGUCUUCAUGACACUCUCUGCAGUGCCAUCAGUGCCUACGUGACAGCCUGCCAAGCUCUGGGCAUCGAGGUUGGGAAAUGGAGAUCAGCCUCUUUCUGCAGCUUUUCCUGUCCACACAAUUCCCACUAUGAACUCUGUGGAAAUGCCUGCCCUGCUACAUGUGGGAGCGCCUCCUCCCCAAUAAUGUGUGAUGCUGCAUGUACCGAAGGGUGUGCCUGUGAUCCUGGAUUCGUGCUCAGUGGGGAUCAGUGUGUCCGUCUUACAGAGUGUGGCUGUGUGCACCAGGGCAGAUACUACAAAAAGGGAGAGGAGUUUUAUCCCAGUAGCUCCUGCCAGGAGAAGUGCCGCUGCCUGGACAACGGAGUCACCAAGUGCCGGCAGUUCUCCUGUGGAGCAAAGGAGGAGUGCAAGGUGGAGAACGGCAUACAAGGCUGUCACCCUGCAGGAUAUGGUACAGCUAUAGCACUUGGUGACCUUCUUUAUAUUUCCUUUGAUGGACAAAGCUUUCGCUUCCAUGGCUCCUGCACUUACACUUUAGUCAAAGUCUGCAGCACAGACCCUCGUCUGCAGAAUUUCUCCAUUUUGGUGGAGAAUGAGAAGCAUGGAAAUGGACACCUUGCUCAGAUCAGGAAGGUUGUGGUCUCUGUUCAACAGCACACUAUCGUCCUUGAAAGGGGAAGGAAAUGGAUAGCUAUGGUGGAUGAAGAAUUCUGCACUUUGCCAGUGAAUAGAGACAAGGGGAAACUCUGGAUCACUCAGGAGGGGAUCAAUAUAAUUGUCCAGGCGUCCCUUGGCCUCACAGUCCUUUAUGAUACCUCUUCCUAUGUCCGUGUGUCUGUCCCCAGCACCUAUCAGGGACACAUGUGUGGUCUGGGUGGCAAUUUCAAUGGCGACGAGAGGGACGAUUUCAUGCUGCCUAGUAGGGAAUCCGCACAAACGGUGGAUGAGUUUGGGGCCUCCUGGCAGGUCCCUCUGGAUGGUGCCAUCUGCUCCAAUGGCUGUGGUGAGGAAUGCCCCACUUUUGAUACAGUUCAGACAGCACCCUAUGAGAAUGACGACUCCUGUGGAAUGAUCACGUCCGAGACAGGACCAUUCAAAGACUGCUCCUCAUUAGUUAGCCCCUCGGAUUACCUUGAGCAAUGCCUGUAUGACUUGACUGCGGCCGAAGGGGAGCAGGAAUAUCUCUGCCGAAGCCUUCAAGCCUAUGCAGCUGCGUGCCAGUCUGCUGGAGUUAAGAUUGGAGCCUGGAGAACAAAGUCCUUCUGUCCCCUCACCUGCCCAGCCAACAGCCACUAUGAGACUUGCAUUGGAUCUUGCGAUUUCACCUGUGCCAGUUUAUCCACUGUUGUGCAAUGCUCAAAGAACUGCUUUGAAGGCUGCCAGUGCAAUGACGGCUACGUGUCUGAUGGGGAUGCAUGUGUGCCUAUAAACAAAUGCGGCUGUGUGCAUAAUGGUCUGUACAUUAAGGUUGGAGAGAAUAUCUUCUCAAGGAACUGCACAGAAAAAAUAACUUGCAAUACCACAGGUCAACUUGUUUAUGAGAAAACCAGAUGCCAGGCUGAAGAGAUAUGCAUGCUUAGAAAUGGCGUGCGCAGCUGUGAAAGCAAGGAAUACCAGUGCAAACUCACUCCAGGAGCCCAACUCUCUACCUUUGAUGGUGCUUCGCGCAAGUACCUCUGCAGUGGGGUUUAUGACAUUGCCACCGUUUGUGAUGAAAGUGUCCCCUACUGGUUCAGGGUGUCAGUGAGCAUCGGAAAGGACAGUAACGAUGUCUUGGUAGUUGGGAGAGCGGUCCAUGUUUUCUUCCAGAAUGCAUCCAUCACUCUUAAAAGGAACCACAGGACAUGGGUAAAUGGACGCCUGGUAAGGCUGCCCUACAGGAUUUCCCCAGCCAUAUCUGUGAGCGAAAUUCAGGACGGAAUCCUGAUUAACCAGGCCUCUCAGGUGCAGGUUCACCUUCGCUCUGAUGGGGAGGUGACAGUGGGAGUCAAGAAGACCCUCGCAGGAAAGCUGUGUGCCCCAUGUGGAAACUUCAAUGGGAACAGCUCUGAUGACUUGAAGCUGCCCAAUGGGAUGGUCGAGACAAACAUUGCUGAGCUCCUACAUGCUUGGGAGGCAAAAGACUUCAAAGGGAAAGAGCAGCUGAGAGAAAAGGAGAGAGGACCAAGUUCUUCUUCAUCCAGCCAAGACAAGCUUACUUUAGGGGCACAAGCUAUGGCAAUGAGGUUAUUGUUCCUCUUGACUGGUCUGGCACUAUUGAGUGGGCUAUGUACAGCAAGUUCCCAAGGAAAGGAAUUUGUCACAGCCUUCAUGCUCAAUAUCAAACAGAAUCGACGCAAUACUAAGCUUGAGUUGCUCAUCACUGGGUACCAUCCUGCAACCACUGUCAUGGUCACAGCAAACAAAGCUACAUUCCAUAACACCAUUUCUGUCAAUGAAGGGGAAACUGUGUCCAUUGAGCUUCCAGCUUCCGCAGAGAUGGUGGGGACGGACACCUUUGACAGGGCUGUGGCAAUCCGAGCAAACCAUGACAUUUCUGUCUUUUCCCGCAGCCACAAGGACUAUUCAACUGGUGCCACGGUAGUGUACCCAAUCGAGCAGCUGGGCACGCUGUAUUAUGUGGUAACCCCAGUGGGUGAAAUGGCAGACACUUUCAAGGAGUUUGCAGUUGUGGCCUAUCAAGCAGCCACUAGGGUCGACAUCCGUUUGACGGGGUCUGUGACAUUCAAAGGACGUGUUUAUCCCGCCGGGAGUAUUCUGGUUGCUAACCUCAAGGCCUUCCAAGCAAUCCAGCUGCAAAGCUUGCAGGAUCUAUCUGGCACCAAGGUUGAAUCAAGUGGACCUGUGGCUGUCUUGAGUGGGCACAGCUGUGCCAAGAACCACACACACUGUGACCAUGUUGUCGAGCAGCUCCUGCCCGUUUCACGCUGGGGCGCCACCUUCCUUGUGCCCCCAGUGUCCUUUCAGAGCAGAUACGACAUGGCGUAUAUUGUUGCAUCCCAAAACACUUCAGUCACGUAUCAAUCCGGGCCCACAGCAGGAAACUAUAAUAUGAGAGCCGGAGAAGCUACUCAGUUGAGCAUCCAGCCCCCGCGGGCACUUUACAUCUCAGCCGACAGAGGAAUCCAAGUCCUUUUCUUCUUUGCUGGUGCAUCAAGAGGAAGCACGAUCUAUGACCCAUUCCUCAUCAAUAUUCCUCCACUGGCAAGCUACUGUAGGUCAUACCACAUUCAGGGAAUGGUCGGGUUUGAUAAUUAUGCAGUUAUUAUAGCCAAAACCUCAGAAACCGGCGAGAUCACAUUAGAGAAGAGGGCCGUUGAAAACAUCCAGUGGAGACCAAUCCCAGCCACAGAAUACUCCUCUACUCAGCUUAGCUUGGGCAGAAAAGCUAGUUCCCUCUCCCUGGAGCAUCCCAGCACUCCUUUUGGACUCUUCGUUUUUGGAGGCUCAUUCCGCGAUGGCUAUGGCUCCAUAGCUCUUUGCUCAUCUGUGUUUGAUCCAGACACAACUGUGGCUCCAUUAUCCUGCCCUGAGAACAGCCACUUUGAGGCCUGUGGAAGUGCCUGCCCAGCCACCUGCUCUCACAGAACUGCUCCCUCUGAGUGCACAGAGACCUGUGUGGAAAUCUGCCAGUGCAAUAGAGGCUACAUCCUCAGUGCUGAGAAGUGCAUCCCAGUGGAGAGCUGCGCCAACACUUCUAUGGGUCCCACUGACCCCCCAAUAGACUGUCCUGAGAACAGCCACUUUGAGACCUGUGGGAAUCCCUGCCCAGCCACCUGUUCAGACAGAACUGCUCCCGAUGAAUGCACAGAUGCCUGUGUGGAAAUCUGCCAGUGCGAUGAGGGAUACAUCCUUAAUGAUGAGAAAUGCAUCCCAGUCGAGCGCUGCCCCAGCACUUCGACAGUUCCCACCUUGGCCCCAGUACCCUGCCCUGAAAACAGCCACUUUGUGUCCUGUGGAAGUCCAUGCCCAGCUACCUGUUCCGACAAAACUGCUCCCAAAACGUGCAAUGAUACCUGUGUGGAGGCUUGUCAGUGUGACGAGGGCUACAUCCUCAAUGCUGAAGCAUGCAUCCCAGUGGAGAAGUGCCCUUGCGUUUACAAAGGCGUGAGCUACAGCGCAGGAGAGGAGUUCUGGGCUGAUGAAGGCUGUCGUAAUCGCUGCAAGUGCGACCCCAAAUUAGGAAGGGAUAUGUGCACCGAGUCCUCCUGUAAGGCAAACGAGAAAUGUGCUCUGGUGAAUGGCACUUGGGGCUGUCAUCCCAUCAGAUAUUCCACCUGCAUAGGAACUGGAGACCCUCACUACACCACCUUUGAUGGAAAGAGAUUUGACUUCAUGGGAACCUGCAUUUAUCAAAUGGCCGGAGUCUGCUCCAAGGAUCCCACUCUCACCCCGUUUUUGGUCACGGUGGAGAACAACAACCGAGGCAGCAAGGCGGUGUCCUUCACCAAAGUGGUGACACUAGAGGUCUACAACAUGACCAUCAGUCUGAGCCAAGAACAUCCACAGAAGAUUAAGGUGAAUGGAGUCUUUGUGGACCUGCCCUUCUCCUAUGAAAAUAAACUGAAGGUCUACAUCAGCGGAGUCCAUGACUUCAUCAAAACAGACUUUGAUCUGAGAGUCAGCUUUGACUGGUACAGUUAUGCCAGGGUUAUUAUUCCCAACACUUAUGCCAAUGCUGUGUGUGGUCUGUGUGGCAAUGCCAAUCAGGACCCCAGCGAUGAUUUUGUCAUGAAGGAUGGAACUCAGACAACAGAUGAAAUCCAGUUUGCAGACAGCUGGAAGUUGAAGGAGGUCCCAGGAUGCUCUGCAGGAUGCAGUGACUGCCCAGUAUGCAGUGAGGCAGAGAAACAGACCUACAAGGGGGACCAGUUCUGUGGGAUCCUCAAGAGAAGGGAUGGGCCAUUCAGGCAGUGCCAUGAGACCAUUGACCCCACCCCCUAUUUUGAUGAUUGUGUAUUUGACACCUGUAAAUACAAGGGUCUUCAUGACACUCUCUGCAGUGCCAUCAGUGCCUACGUGACAGCCUGCCAAUCUCUGGGCAUCGAGGUUGGGAAAUGGAGAUCAGCCUCUUUCUGCAGACUUCCCUGUCAACCCAAUUCCCACUACGAGCUCUGUGGAAGCAGCUGUCCCAGCACAUGCCAGAACUGUUCCUCCAUCAUAAAGUGUGGCGCACCAUGCGAUGCACCAUGUACUGAAGGAUGCUUUUGUGAUCCUGGAUUCGUGCUCAGUGGGGAUCAGUGUGUCCGUCUUACAGAGUGUGGCUGUGUGCACCAGGGCAGAUACUACAAAAAGGGAGAGGAGUUUUAUCCCAGUAGCUCCUGCCAGGAGAAGUGCCGCUGCCUGGACAACGGAGCCACCAAGUGCCGGCAGUUCUCCUGUGGAGCAAAUGAGGAGUGCAGGGUGGAGAAUGGCAUACAAGGCUGUCACCCUGCAGGAUAUGGUACAGCUAUAGCACUUGGUGACCCUCUUUAUAUUUCCUUUGAUGGACAAAGCUUUCGCUUCCAUGGCUCCUGCACUUACACUUUAGUCAAAGUCUGCAGCACAGACCCUCGACUGCAGAAUUUCUCCAUUUUGGUGGAGAAUGAGAAGCUUGGAAAUGGACACCUUGCUCAGAUCAGGAAGGUUGUGGUCUCUGUUCAUCAGCACACUAUUGUCCUUGAAAGGGGAAGGAAAUGGAUAGCUAUGGUGGAUGAAGAAUUCUGCACUUUGCCAGUGAAUAGAGACGAGGGGAAACUCUGGAUCACUCAGGAGGGGAUCAAUAUAAUUGUCCAGGCGUCCCUUGGCCUCACAGUCCUUUAUGAUACCUCUUCCUAUGUCCGUGUGUCUGUCCCCAGCACCUACCAGGGACACAUGUGUGGUCUGGGUGGCAAUUUCAAUGGCGACGAGAGGGACGAUUUCAUGCUGCCUAGUGGGGAGUCCGCACAAACGGUGGAUGAGUUUGGGGCCUCCUGGCAGGUCCCUCUGGAUAGUGUCAUGUGCUCCAAUGGCUGUGGUGAGGAAUGCCCCACUUUUGAUACAGUCCAGACAGCACCGUAUGAGAAUGACGACUCCUGUGGAAUGAUCACGUCCGAGACAGGACCAUUCAAAGACUGCUCCUCAUUAGUAAGCCCCUCGGAUUACCUUGAGCAAUGCCUGUAUGACUUGACUGCGGCCAAAGGGGAGCAGGAAUAUCUCUGCCAAAGCCUUCAAGCCUAUGCAGCUGCGUGCCAGUCUGCUGGAGUUAAGAUUGGAGCCUGGAGAACAAAGUCCUUCUGUCCCCUCACCUGCCCAGCCAAUAGUCACUAUGAGACAUGCACAAAACCAGUUUGCGAUUUCAGCUGUGCCAGUUUGUCCACUCCCCUCCAGUGCACCAGAAAAUGCUUUGAAGGCUGCCAAUGUGAUGAUGGCUACUUGUUUGAUGGGGAUGCAUGUGUGCCUACAGACAAAUGUGGCUGCGUGCAUAAGGGACUCUACCUCAAAGCUGGAGAGAGCAUCUUCUCAAGCAACUGCCUGGAGAAAUGCACCUGUGGUGACUUAGGCAAACUUACCUGUGUUAACAGCAGCUGCCAAAUAGACACCUGCACACUUAAGGAUGGUCGUCGUGCCUGUGAGAGCAUGGAAAGUCUGGAGGGUGAGUGCAAACUCACCCCUGGAGCCCAGCUUAGUUCAUUUGACGGUGCCUCAGGGAAGUACUUCUGCAGUGGAGUUUAUGACUUGGCCUCUGUUUGUGAUGAAAGUGCCCCCUUCUGGUUCAGAGUGUCUGUGAGCAUUGGAAAGGACAAAGAGGAUGGCUUGGUAGCUGGGAGAGCAGUCUACAUAUUCUUCCCUGACACAUCCAUCACUGUCAAAAAGAACAACAGGACAUGGGUAAAUGGACGUCCGGUAAGCCUGCCAUACAAGGUCUCUGAAGAGGUGUCUGUGAGCAAAGUUCACGAUGGGAUGCAGAUUGACCAGGCCUCUCAGGUACAGGUUCACCUUUAUCCCAGCGGAGAGGUGAGAGUGAAAGUCAGGAAGGCCCUCGCAGGGAAGCUAUGUGCCCCAUGUGGAAACUUCAAUGACGACAGCUCCGAUGAUCUGAAGAUGCCCAGUGGGAAGGUGGAAACAAAUGUUGCUGAGGUCCUACAUGCCUGGGAGGCCAGAGACUUCUAAAAGGAACAUAUUUCUUUGUGGAUGGCUGGUUUUUCUUAAUACACAAGGACUGCGGAUCUGCUUAUUUUCAACUUAUUUCUGAGCAGAGAUGCAAUUGCACCACAGUUUUUCCUUUGGGGGGGAAAUGGAUUUUGUCGAAUUAUAUUGUGCAGAAGCAAUCCUGAGCUGACAAUAACAAGGCUGACUUUUCAGUGACCCAUUAGUUACAUUAAUACUUAAUUGCAUUGUUUGUGAUGAACACUAUAAUAUGAUCAACUGAAAAACAGUGCAGCAAUGAACAUCAGAUAUAAAAUUGUUAUCCAUGGCAGUGGGGGUAAACAGUUUUGUGGUACCUUAAAGUCUAAAGCUGCGUAUACACAAGUAUGUAGUUGCACACAUGGGUCACAAAGAUCAUGUUUUUCUUUGUGGCACUUUUGUCUACAAGGAGCACCUCCAUUUUAAACCAUUACAAUAUUCAUUUAUUUAUUUUAGAAACCCUGUAUUUAGCUCUAUUGAGCUUGCUUCAGCAUUUUAGUGUGAAUUUCUCCUAAAAACAGAUUUUAAUAUACACUUUUGACUGGUUUGUGCAUUUUUGCAAGCAUUUCCACCUAAUAAUAUAAUGCAUUUUGUAUGUUAUUUUCGCAAAUAUAUUCAUUUUUAUGCACAUUUUGCCCCAAUAUAUGCAUUUUUAUUAACAUUGGUGGGUGGGUGAACUGUGUUGACAAAUGUGGAGAAGUGUGAAUUUUGAAGGGCGGUUGUUUUUUUGGUUCUCAUAUUGUUUCAGAAAGUGUGGAUUUGAUAAAUUCAGAUUUAAUUGUGACUGAAUCAAAUUUCUGCCUCAGCCUUGGGCGAGUUAGUGUUGAUAACAAGAAAGGACCCGAGACAGAACAAAUGUAAGAAUGAUGUAUCAUAAAAAAUUAUUUAAAUCACUGUGGAAAAUAAUAAAAUCAUAUCAACUCAGAGGUAACUGAAAUGUAAGAAUAAAAACAAUAUAUAAAUAAAAUGAAGGGCAAUACAGUGGAACCUCAGUUGUCGAACACUUCGGAAGCCGAAUAAUUCGGACCCUGAACACCGACAACCCAGAAGUCAAUGCUUUCGUUUUUGAACAUGCCUCGGAAGUCGAACAGCUUCCGAGGCGUGUUUCUCAAUUUCUCCAAUGAAUUUUGCCGACUAGCCAUUGUGCCUCAGUUGUCGAACGUUUCGGAAGUUGAACAGUCUUCCGGAACUGAUUACAUUCGACAACUGAGGUUCCACUGUAGUAUGCGGCAGAUGAAGGCGCAUUGUACCAUUGUACAGAAAUGGAAAAGUACAAUAUGAGAUGAGUGCCUUGAGACAGGCAGUUAGAUUGUGUAUCAAUAUUAGUGGCCAGAGGAGGCAUGUCCGCUGGGAGACGUACAGAGAGAAGACAUGCCCCGUAAUAAAAAAUGUAUCCAAAAUUGGGAAUUUUUUUUGGGAAUAUCUUAAAAGGCAGUGCCCAUGAUAAAAACUUGUAUUUACUUUUAAUAUUCCAUACAGAUUAAAAUUUUGGAAAUUAAGUGAAGCAGUGUAAAAAGGUAUGAGUGUAUUAGCCCAGGAGGAAGACAAGUGGAAGUCAGUUUACAGAAGAAGGAUGUACAUAUUGGAUUUAAUCGAUUUAUUUGAUUUAUUUGAUAUAUUCGAUGUAGAAGUUUUUGGUUAUGUAUAAUUUGUGUUUUAGGUAUGGUUUAUU